GUCAGCGAGUGCAUCCUAAGAACGAACUCGCAACACCUCGCGCUUUGCGAUCGGUGCAAAUAGAUCUGAGUGUCUCAUUCCUAAUGAUGUCUUCACAAAAUUGUGGACGGACUUUUUUACGGUCACUAAAUACUAUUAGAAAUCCGGUAUUCUCAAAGUUUCUGCUGGAAGAAAAAUUGUUAAUCGAAGGAAAAUGUCCUCCAAUUUCUGCUAAGGCCUAAGCUAGCACUUUCGCCAAGCGCAGCCUUCUUGAGCAGUCAAGUUCCAUAUAUACCAUAUGCUCCACGGGGUAACGUUUGCGCCGACUACCGGGGGAAAUAUCGCAACCAAUGUUCGCUUAUAGAGUGUGCCGGGCAUGGAACUGCCAGUAGCGCUCGGAUUGCCUCGUUUUCGCCGCCUCCUUGCCUCGGUGAAUGACCAGACGAUUAGCUAUCAGAACACAGUAACCGUACUAACGGACGAAGGAGCGUGGUGGCUGGGCUUCAUCGAGGACUUCGACGAGCACCGGGUCUUGGUCCACUUCGACUCCACCACCGUGCAGCACUGCUGGAUUCCUGCUGGCCGCGUAUGGCCACAUUUUUUUCUGCACUCUAAGCACACUUCUCCCCGUUCGCAGUCAGGCGUGCCAGGAAUGCGGGUGCACGUGGCGCUGCGCGACGAAGACAACGGCCCCUUCCGCUUCCGGCCUGCCACCUGGCUGGACUCGGUCUCUGCAUGUAAAAUGCACUACGUCGUCCUGGACGCCGUGGACGGCGCGGGAGCGCCGGCGCAGCGUGUGGAGGUGGUUGACUUUUGCCAAGUGUCCUCGUCGCUGCCGCCCACGGAGAUGAACCGACCCAUACCGCCCAGCGCUUAUCCGAUGCCACAGUGCGGAACCCACUACACCAAGUAUAUCCUCGGCCUGCCAGGGGCGCAGCUCAUGUUGCAGGAACCAGGCGACGCUCUGCGAGUCAUUCAGUGCUUGCGGGCGUCCAACGCCAUGUUGGGACGCCUCGUUCCCGACUACUGCCGCUUCCACCUACAGAUCGGCAUCGACUGCUGCGUGGUGGUUUUUGACACCUGUGGUUUUCGCCUGAAUUGUCGUUCGGAGCAGGAAAGUCUGGACCGGCUGUACCGCACGCUGCAAACGCACGUGGGCAAUGCGGCACGUCGCCGCGACAUGCUGCCACCGACAGAUCAGCGCAUGCGUAGCAAUCCGCGCGAAAGAGUGGCUUUGCUUAGUGACGCCGACCAGCCUGCUGCCGGAGACGUCAACAUCCAGCAUGUACCGUACUGCAUUAUGUCGGAGGCAUUCACGCACUUAGAACUGCACACACAGGCCAGCGUAGGACGGGUAUGCGCAUUAUGGCAGCAGCUCCUGACCGCCUUUCGCCCGCGUGAGCACGUGACUUUAACCUUUGCCGCGUGCACCACCACCUAUCGUCACACCGACCCGGAGGACGCCUGCAGCGUCACUAUUGAUCACUGGGCACGGAAUGAAAAUUACUGCUUCCGGCUGGCAUCCCUACUGAACCGGGACGUCACGUCGGCCACCAAAAGCCUCACCGUCACCGGCACGAACCUUUGCAUUCAUAACGUGGACUUUUUGAUCAGUUUUCUCACCAUUCGCAACAUCCGGUUACCCUUGGUGAUUAUCAAGGAUUUCACCAAUUCCUGUUUCGCCCACACUGUCAACUACAGAAGCUUUAGAUACAGCCGGCCCAGCCAAUUGUGGGAUCGGUGUGAAGCGGUGCUACUACUCAAUGGUCGCGUCAGUGGCAUCUUCCGCGAUUCAAUCUUCAGUCUUUUCAUCUGUCGUGGAGAGCGCCGCGCGUUGCCGCUGCACGCCAGACACUGGAUGAAUCCGCGCCUGCAGGAGUUGACGAUGCCCUUAUUCCUGUGUCGGCUGCCGCUCGCGGAAACUCCGAUGAUGAGCAUCGACGCGCUGCAGAUCACCAUUCCCCGGCUACGGCUGCCGUGGCGACAGGGCUAUUGGCACGUGCUCAGUCGGCUGAUGUGGGCCGUCAACGAGCACUGCCCGCCGGUGGUGGAGGCCGUGUACGUUAAGGUCCAGACCGUGUAUGCCCGCUGGGUACUGACGCUGGUCUAUCCCGAGCAGUGGGACACUAUCCGCAGCUACCUGCAAGUGUUCCACGGAUUUCAUACGGACGGCACUCCGCGGCUGUGGACCACGGUGGAUCUGCGCACUGUUAACGUGCGCCGACUCAGCAAACUGGCAGUGCUGGGCAUCAGCGAGAUGUUCAGCGUCUGACCCAGUGAGCAGCGUUCACAUGACGGGGUUGGGUAGUACGCCACCACCGGCGCGAUGAUCCGCAAUCUACUUUGCACUGGGAUAGUCAGCGUGAAGACGCGGAUGCUAUUGCUGAACUUAGCCAUCCGACAGAUUUUGAAAGUCCUUUCUUAUUCUUGACGUUUCUUGGUUUCCUUUUUUUUCGUUUCUUUUAGUGUUGUUUAAGGAAAAUGGCCCGGUACAUAGCGUCCAAAAUGGUAUACAUACACUAAAACUUUCGCUUGCGCGCACUCCGAAUAACUUUUUUGUAAAACUUUAUGUCAUCCUAAAGCUAAAUGAUUUGUUAACAUUGUUCUGAAAACCGCUUGCGCGCGCAACAUCCGGUUGCGGAGAUAUAGUGCAACAAAAUGGGCGAAAAGUUUAAAUGAAUUGUCGUGCACCAAAAGUCAGGUUAUUACCCGAUCUUCUUGAAACUUUGCUGUAAAAGACAUAUGACCAUAAGGUCGAAAGUGAACCAAUUUCCGGUUCGUAGCACUUUCCCAUAAUUUCAAAAUAAAUUUUAAAAUUUUUGAAGGUGAGGAAACACUUAUCCGCUGCAAGUGUAGGAAGGGCAUUGGUGUUGUGUUGUUGUGUUCCAAUUACAGAUCAGAGAGAAGUUGUACCCGUUGCCAGAGCGUC